UUCCUUCCUUCAACAACGGUCGAAAACAGCAAGACCGUCCAUGAACAGUUAACCAACCGUUCAACAACCGUUCAACAACCGUUAGAAGACUGUUCAAGAAAAAUCUUACCGUUGAAGCAAGUACCUGGCUACUUAACGGUAAAACAACCCAUAUCUUGUGCCCUGCUGAGUAGGGUGGUGCUGAGGAAUACAUCACGUGAACCGAACUUCGACGACGGAGACAGCCAACAGGACAUCAUUAUCAGAUGUGCCUUCAGGUUAUAUUCUACAGCUAGAACGGGAAUCCGCGGCUUUUCCGAGAAUAGUAGGCACAAUGGACCGGAGAUUGAUAUCCAUCUCUUCUCGUCAACAUGGCGAUUCUCAAUGCCAUCUCCAUCCCUUCAAAUAUCCCUGAUAACCAUUUCCUCACUAUUUCUAGACGCACUCGACAUACAUGGGAGGACUAUGACUCCCCCUCCGCCAGAGAUCCCUUCGACUUACUACGACCUCCGUGCCUACUACCGUACCCACUAUGAAGCCGACUUCGCCUCCGGAAAAUACCUCCGCUUCGUGAUUCCGUUGGGCGCUCUGCAAUGGAUCGUUCUCAUCCUCUACUACCUCGUCCCACACGACCGGUUCCCCGCGUUACGCUCGCUCCCCGCUCGUCUGUCGCUCUGGGUCGCCCUCUCCGCCCACUGCCUCUUCCUGAUUCUUCGAACAAGAAGCGAUCAGAUAUUCGUCUUUCAUGGGCUGUUUGAAGCUUUCUUCGUGGCCUGGAGCGGAGCGCUGUUGCUGUGCAGCGACGUGCAGAGAGAUUUCAAGAGGGUGCGGCGAGUCGAUGUUAGAAGCCAGUGCGCAGAGCGGAGCACGGAUGAGCGGCGGCGCGAGUUCGUCUACAAAUGGGAGGGCUAUCCGCAAGGGAACUUCUCGAACCGCCUGGGUUGGGUCAUGGAUUUAAUCUGCAACCUCCGUGGCGUUGCCUGGAACUGGAAGCCCUACGGAAUCCUCCCUCGACCUCCAUUCGUUCAAGACCAACUCGACGCCGACGCCACCGGCACCGAAAUUCCUCCCCAUGUGCCCUCCUCCUCCGAAAUCGACCUAUACCUCGCCGAAGGCCAUUCCAAAUCCUUCCGCCACAACGCGGUCGAUUUCCUCGUCUCCUUCCUCUGGGUGGACCUCCUCCGGACCCUCAUGAUCCACGACCCCUAUUUCUGGGGCUACCCCUCCGCCCCUCUUCCCGCCUACGUCCAGCGCAUUUUCCCCGCCUUCCUCCUCUCCUUCAGCCGCCUCAACACCUUCAUCCGCGUCGCCCUCGCUUUGCACUACAUCUAUAGGUCCGUCCGCCUGCUCUACAACUUGUCCACGUGCAUCUUCCUCGGUCUUUCCUUCAUCCCCGCCUUCCACUCCGUCCUGAACGUCAACGGGGAAUACUGGCUGCACCCGUCGACCAACCUCCCCUUUCGCCAUGCGCUCGAGAUGGGACUCGUGGGCUUUUGGGGCAUGCAUUGGCAUCAAUACCUCCGCGCCACGCCCACCCUGUGCGGACGAAAGAUCCUGGAAUGCCUCGGGAUCGUGGAGCGGUCGACAAUUGGGAAGCUCCUGCUGGCGUUCAUCGUGUUUGGGAUGAACGGGGCCUUGCAUUCCGUGUCCGGGCACUCCGCAAUAGGGGAUUCGGAUCUGCGGCGCGGCGGUGUGAUGGCGUUCUUCGUAAUGCAGCCCGUCGGGAUCAUUCUAGAGCAAUGCGUGUGGUGGGCGACCUGGAAGACGGGGUUGAGGAAGUAUAUUUCCCCACGCCUGCGACAUGUGGCCAACGCGGCUUGGUUCGCCAUUUGGUUGACGGUUGUGGGAGGGCCGACUAUAGGCCAAGAUUAUGCGAGGUGUGCAUAUGUGAUUUUAGAACCACUGCCAGUAACACCGUUGAGACUUCUCGGAUUUGGAGUCAAGGGAGAUCCGUGGUGGCUUUACGACGGGUUGGGGGUGUAUUGGCAUUCUGGGAAGAGCAUUUGGAGUAGCGGAUUGGCGGUGUAAGAGGAAUCUGGUCGAUCAUAGCAUUCGUAGAAUUAGCGCGUACCUAGCAUUGCAUCUUAUACACAUUCAGAAC